AUGAAGGGGUUGGCGACGGCCUCCCGGGGGAUUUCCUUGUCGGGGACGGAGGAAGCCUCAGUCUUUGGCACCGGCUUUAAAACAGGCCUUGCAAAUCCCCAAGGCAAAUGCCCUCGAAAGCGCUUUGGCGGUAAAGCGGCUCUUGCCCCGUCUGGCGUCAAGCUCGACCAGGAAGAAGGUCCAGCGCCCAUGACCGUCUUCGUUGAACAUGUAAGGCAUCUCUUAAAUCUGACGGACGGACGGACAAAACCCGUCGUCGAGCGGGCUGCUCUUGGUGCAGGGCGGAUUGGCUCCGGGUUUCAGUCCGACCCUUACGGGAGCUUCCUGGCAGGCCUCGCCUCCCGGGAUCCAGAGAGACCGGGCGGCUCAGAGGGGUCCCCCACGGUGCCCCCCACGCCUGAACAGCUCGAGCACGACACCCGCUUUGUCACCACGGCGCCCACCCUGAAACUCCUCAACCACCACCCUCUCCUGGAAGACUUCCUCCAUGAAACGCUGCUGAAGAAAGACUACCUGCGCCAGAUUCCCUUCCUGGCUGCCGGCUUGGUCGGCCCGGGUCCCGUACUGCCCAGCGCUGACCUUGCCCCAGUGACCACGAACCGCCCGCCCGAGCCAGGCCGGCGGCCGACCCUCCCUGAGGCCACCACCCCGCCCAUGACGCCGACGCCGGUCCCCACGUUCCCCAGGGACGACAAAACAGACGAGGCGGAUUCGGCGAGGGCCCCCGAAAUGGCCAAACCAGCUUUCACUGCCAACCUGCUGACCACAGCCGUGGGGCGCCUGGUGCCAUGGUCCGAGCCAGGCCAGGACGCUCCAAAGAGCCGUCUCGUCUCCGGUCAGAUGCAGACGCCCAUCACCCCCGUCCCGGGGAGCCUUCCCAAAUCAGAUCGGGCUGCCUCCGUCUCGUUAUCCGGAGACACCCCGACUGCCCCCACGGGACAGCCAGAGGUGGCCACCGUCCACACCAUCUCUGGGGAGGAGGAUGAAACUACCACGACCACCAUCACCACCACCACGGUUGUGACCACGUCACCGGCAGCAGGUCCGUGCAGCUGGAACCUCACCGGCCCCCAAGGAUCCCUGGCUUCUCCCCUGCCAUCGAGCAUCCCUUACGAGGGAGGGGUCCUCGACUGCUCCUACAGCAUCUCCGUCUACCCUGGUUAUGGAGUCGAGAUCCGGGUCCAAAACAUCAGCCUGAGAGAAGGCGAGACCGUCACUGUGGAGACGCUGGGCGGCCUGGAGCCGGUCGCCCUGGCCAACGAAUCCUUCCUCAUGAGGGGCCAAGUGAUCCGUGGGCCGACGAAUCAGGUGGUGGUGCGCUUCCAGAGCCCUGCGCCCGCCAACCCGGGAAGCUUCCACUUCCACUUCGAAGCGUACCUGCUGAGCUGCGUCUUCCCGGUGCGGCCCGCCUACGGAGACCUCUCCGUCACCAGCGUGCACCCAGGUGGCCACGCCUGCUUCUCCUGUGCCACCGGCUACCAGCUGGUGGGCCAGCACUGCCUCGCCUGCCUCAACGGCACCCACCCCUUCUGGAGCGCCCGGGAGCCCACGUGCGCAGCGGCCUGUGGCGGGGUGAUCCGCAACGCCACCACCGGGCGCCUCGUGUCCCCAGGCUUUCCCGCCAACUACAGCAACAACCUGACCUGCCACUGGCUUCUGGAAGCCCCACCUGGGCAGCGCCUCCACCUCCAUUUCGAGAAGGUCUCGCUAGCCGAGGAUGAUGACAGACUCAUCAUCCGGAACGGGAACCACAUCGAGGCCCCCCCGGUGUACGACUCCUACGAAGUAGAAUACCUCCCCAUCGAGGGGCUGGUCAGCACGGCACGAGGCUUCUUCGUCGAGCUGACCACGGACAGCAGCGGCGUGGCGGCCGGCGUGGCUCUGCGCUACGAGGCCUUUGAACCCGGGCACUGCUACGAACCCUUCGUGAAGUAUGGGAACUUUACCACCAGCGACGCCACCUACGCUGUGGGCACCACCGUGGAGUUCGCCUGCGAGGCUGGCUACACUCUGGAGCAAGGGUCGGUCAUCAUCGAGUGCGUUGACCCUGACAAUCCCCAGUGGAAUGAGACAGAGCCAGCCUGCCGAGCGGUCUGCAGCGGGGAGAUCACCGACUCGGCAGGUGUGGUUUUGUCCCCCAACUGGCCGGAGCCCUACGGAAAAGGUCAGGACUGCAUCUGGGGCCUGCACGUCGAAGAAGACAAGCGGAUCAUGCUGGACAUUCACGUAUUACGCCUUGGCCAGGGAGACAUGCUCACUUUCUAUGAUGGGGACGACUUGACGGCCCGCAUCCUGGGCCAGUACUCGGGCCCUCACCGGCGAUUCAAGCUGUACACCUCCAUGGCGGACGUCACCAUCCAGUUCCAGUCCGAUCCUGGGAGCAGCGCCCUCGGUUACCAGCAGGGUUUUAUCAUCCACUUUGCUGAGGUGCCCCGGAACGACACCUGUCCGGAACUCCCGGAAAUCCCCAACGGCUGGAAAACCACGUCCCACCCGGAGCUGAUCCACGGCACGGUGGUGACCUACCACUGCUACCCCGGCUACGAGCUGGUGGGCACCGAACUGCUGAUGUGCCACUGGGACCUGAUGUGGAGCGGAGACCUGCCGUCCUGCCAGAGAAUGACCACAUGUCAGGACCCGGGCAACGUGGAACACAGCCGGCGCAUAGUCUCUGCCAGCAACUUCCCUGUCGGCUCUACGGUCCAGUUCAUCUGUGACAAAGGAUAUGCCCUGGCAGGGAGCACCGAGAUGGUCUGCCAUGACCGGCAAGCCGGGGGCCCCAAAUGGAGCGACCGCCUCCCCAAAUGCAUACCCGAGGUCUAUGAACCCUGUCGCAAUCCAGGCGUCCCCGAUCACGGCGCGCAGAACCCCGAAAGGCGGGUGUACCAGGCAGGGGCCACGCUGCGUUUCUCUUGCCUGGCCGGCUACGUCCUCCUGGGCGACGCCGUCCUGCGCUGUGUGCCAGGGCACCCUUCGCAGUGGAGUGGCCCCCCACCGAUCUGCAAGGCCGCUUCCCGUGAUGAGUUUUACACCAACCGCAACCUGGACGCAGUGGCCAAAGUGGCACAGGCGAAAAACCCUCUGCAAGGCACCAACGUGGCAUUUGCCAUCUUCCUACCCGUGGCUGCCGUGGCACUCCUGUUGGGGGUGGUCUACCUCUUCAUCUCACGGCAUCAAGCCAAGCCGUCGCUCCAGCUGCCCCUCUCCAGCUCACCCCCCUACAACCACAUCACGGUCGAUUCGGCGUUUGAUAACCCCACCUAUGAGACCGGAGAGAUGCGGGAGUAUGAAGUUUCCAUCUAGGGCGGGCGCCGCCCUCCGGCAGGGGUGAUUGGAGGGGGAGCCCCCCCCCGCUUCCGAAAACUGUCACCAGCCUCUGACGGAUCCCCUUUCCUCCCGGUGAACAACCGAAUGACUCUCUCUCUCUCUCUCGGCUGGCUGACCCCCUCCGUCCACCUCCACAGCAGAGAAGGACCUGUAAAUACGAUUGCUUCUCCCCUCAAGAUGGACUUUGGGGUGUUUUUUUGGGGGGGGGGAAGAGAAUUAUCAGAACAAUUAGCCAUGGGCGGCUUGCACGCGUCUGCUCUCUCUUUCUCUCCUCCCUUCCUUCUUGAAGGUUUCCCUUAUCCUCUGUCUGGGCCUCUCCCUGGAAGCUCUGCUCUGCCUGGCAUGGAGUAGCACACCCCCUCUUGAAUCCCCCCCAUCCCAUCCUAUCAUCCUCCCUGUUGUGGCCUUCCCAUGACACCUUCUGGAAAGAUCGGGAUCCGGACCAUCUCUCGAUUCCUGCUCACAGCGAGUAGAAGCAUAGUUUCCUUGAGGCCUCUUGGCAGCCUUUCUGAGCUGAACACCCUGCCGAGAAACCUCCAAGCCUGGGGUGAGGGGUGGGGUGGGGAGGGGGGGUUCCAGAAGGCACUCUCUCUGCCCCGCUUCCACCUCCUGCUCCCCCCAUAAAAAACAUUCUUCAAAUCAGUGUCUUCAUCCCCCAGAAGAGAAAGAAGGGGAGCGUUAGAAGGGAGCUGUCCAGGCAGAAGUGCUGAAGCAGAGAGAGACGUUGCUCUAGCCAUCGGACGGACCGAGCUGCUUUAUACAGGAUGCUCCAAACCACCCAUCACCCUCUUUUACUUGGUCUUAAGGCCCUGAUCCAGAGCAUGCUUGUCCCUCAAGAGUAGAAACUCCUGUCUCUUGGUCUUUCUCAUGAGUAGACAAACUCGGUCUCUGGGCUUCUGCAUAGACGCAACUGCCACUUUCUUUCUGCCGGGUGGUGUGUGUGUGUGGGGGGUUUUUGGGGGGGGGACACCUGGAGGAAAGAGGUGGGGCAGUUCCUCAGGUGCAGGUGUUCUUGGGGGUGGGGGUAUUGCUUCUAGUUUCCCAUCCGGCCCACCCCAGGCAAUGGCAGGAGCCCUUUUUCCUUCUCUGUGGUUUUCUCCAAUUUUGAGGUUGUCCUGCUGGGGAGCGUAGUGGGGUCAGCCGUGCUUCUUUGGAGCCACCCAUGGCUAUUCCAUGGGCAACAUCGCCCCCUUUUCAUCUGAAACACAGGGCAGGUUGGAUUCCCUGGUCACGUCACAGAGGAAUCUCCAGGGAAGCUGGUCGGGGGGGGAGGGUAGUCUUGGGCCAGGGAGGAUUUCAGUAGGGUUGGGGUCAAACUCUCCACAUCCCGCAUGCGAUGCCUUCUUUUCUGCCUCGUUGUGAGUCAUCCUUUGCUCCUAAGCACUCCCCCCCCUCGCCCCCAUGGGUGGAAAAUAUCAAGGGAAGGAAACAGGAUCCGUGUCACCCUUUGGAGGAGCUGCUAAGAAAAAGGGGCAAAU